GCGCUCUGUUCAGUUGUAGGGUGAAAUGUUCGCUUUUGAUAAAUUUGUAAAGACUCGAUUGUGGGGGAACUGUAAGGGGUGGUUACAACUAGCACGUCGGUCUGGUCUGACCCAGGCGCGCCGACAUUCUCAGUCAGGAGGAGUCAUACUGGGCUCAAGAGCUUGGAAGUGGAAGUCGCAUCUAACCAAAUCCUGGAUGUCGUCCCAUAAUAAUCAUGUCUGUACAUCGGAGCCAAAGAAAAAAUUCACGGUUUGCGUGGAAGGGAACAUUGCAAGUGGAAAGACAACAUUCCUGGAAUAUUUUAAAGACUAUACAGAUACAGAGAUAAAUAUGGAACCUGUCCAGAAAUGGAGAAAUGUCCGUGGUCACAAUACCUUGGGCCUGAUGUAUGAAGAUCCCUCUCGGUGGGCACUUACCCUCCAGACAUAUGUGCAGCUAACCAUGUUGGAUAGGCACGUCGCACCUCAGACCAAGCCAGUAAAGCUGAUGGAACGCUCAAUACUUAGUGCCAAGUACUGCUUUGUUGAGAAUCUCCAUGAAAGUGGGAAGAUGCCAGACGUGGAGUACGCUGUUCUCUCAGAGUGGUUUGAUUGGAUCUUGAAACAUCACAACAUAAACAUUGAUCUAAUAGUUUAUCUGAAGACAGACCCAGAGGUUGUUCAUCAAAGGAUCAAGACGCGAUGUAGAAGUGAAGAGACGGCCAUUCCACUGGAAUACCUUCAAGCACUCCACGAGCUUCAUGAAGACUGGCUCAUCACAAAGUCCCCCAAAUUCCACGUUCCUGCUCCUGUUAUGGUUUUGAAUGCAAAUCUGGAUUUCACUGAGUUAAAGGAGGUCUACGAGCAGAGGAAAAGAGACAUUUUAUUUGGCUAUGCUUGAACUACUUCAAGUAUCAGUUACUAGGUCAUCAGCUUGAAGAGGGUGCAAACUUUGGGAACUGCCAUUACUAAGCUCAUGCUCAUGAUACGUCUUGCUGCCCCACUUGGCACUCGACGCUGAGAGGUUAGAGCAGUGAAACAGGACUAGUUUUAAUAUUGUUUGCAUUAGAAUCCGUCUUAAGGGAAAAGUUUUAGUACUUUAACAUUUGCUAACAAAUCCAGGUUUCAUAAUAUGUAUGAAGUACACUAUAUGCGCAGGUAUUACUGUAUCGCUGUAUAUCCGUCAAUGAGCAAUGAGGCUGCGGACUUGAAUUCAGCACUCCUCGCCCCCUCUCUGGCUUUACACAUGAGUUAGGAGAUUUGUCACAUUUACAAUCCAGACUCCUCUACCCAUAAACAAGGAUGAGUGUUGGGUUAGGGGCAAAUUGUUAGGCAGGGCACUAACAUUUGUAUGUUAAACUGCACUAUAUAUAUAUAUAUAUAUA